AUGCCUACUGCAGUUAACGGUAUAGCUACCAAGUCCAAUGCCAACGGAAAGGCCAUUAAAUCCAAAAACCAGCUUCGGCGAGCAAAGGCAAAAGAAAAGAAAGUCCUUGCCUCUCAAACGACACCUCGAAUCUAUGGAAUUGAAUUAUGGCUGCAGGAGCCCAAUGGGAACUCUGACACGGUGAAGCAAGAGGAGGAUGGGCCUUUUGGCAAUGUCGAGUACGUGAUUGAGCAGCUGGAUGUCAAAGAUCCAGCUCUUGUGGUCUUCUCCGACAUUUUUGCACGUUUCCAGGCUCCUCAGGACUAUGCAGAGGCAAAGGAUUCGGAACCCACAAAAGGGGAGGUCAUCUACUCAGACGAUGAUAUGGAAUCAGACGCCGGUUCGGACGCAGAGGAGAAGAAACCUCUUUCGAAAAAGAAGCAACGCAAGAUGGCUCGUCUGACGAUUGCAGAGCUUAAGCAGCUGGUGGCGAAACCCGAGGCAGUCGAAUGGACAGAUCCUUCGGCCGCUGACCCAAGAUUACUGCUCCAUCUCAAGAGUUACCGCAACACCGCUCCUGUUCCUGCGCACUGGAGUGCAAAACGAGAUUACCUGCAAGGAAAACGUGGUAUCGAGAAGCCACCAUUCCAGCUCCCUUCUUAUAUAGCAGAUACGGGUAUCGCGACAAUGAGAGACGCAGUCAAAGAGAAGGAGGCUAACAUGUCGUUGAAGGCUAAAACUCGUGAGCGAGUGCAGCCGAAGAUUGGUAAGGUCGACAUCGACUAUCAAAAGCUACACGACGCCUUCUUCAAGUUUGCAACAAAGCCAGUGGUUACUGGCUUUGGCGAGAUGUACUACGAGGGGAAGGAGUUUGAGACGUCGCUGAAGGAGAAACGACCAGGAGAUUUGUCGCCAGAACUUGUUGAAGCGCUAUCGAUUCCACCACUUGCACCUCCACCUUGGUUAAUUAGCAUGCAAAGAUUUGGCCCUCCUCCGAGCUACCCGACCUUACGGAUUCCUGGUCUCAAUGCACCCAUACCAGAGGGCGCUCAAUGGGGUUUCCAUCCUGGUGGAUGGGGUAAACCACCGUUGGACGAGUAUAAUCGCCCUCUAUACGGCGAUGUGUUUGGUGUGUUGCCGAAAGUCACUGAUGCGAAUAUUGGUGAGCCAAUUGACAAGAAUACGUGGGGAGAGCUAGAACCGGAGGAAGGCAAGUUCAUUUCUAUCGUCCAGGAGGAGGAAGAGGAGGAGGAAGAAUCGGAAGAGGAGGACGAGGAAGAAACUACUGAAGGAGCACCAGUCGAUGGCCUUCAAACACCUUCCGGCCUGGAAACGCCAUCCGGCAUGGCCAGCGUUGUCUCCACUGUUGCCGGGGGACUUGAAACACCUGACUUCUUGGAGCUGCGAAAGACGUCGUCCAGACAUGCAUCAGACGUCUCAGAGAGUGGACCGCGGUCACUAUAUCAGGUUGUACCGGAGAAACAAACAUCCCGUAAGGCAAAUGGUGUCGACAUUUCUAUCGAUGCAGGUGAGAUGGAAGGCAUGACGGAGGAUGAGCUACGGCGAAAAUACGAGCAACAUUCACGAGGUUCGGCAGGAGUAGCGGGAUCAAAAGAAGACUUCUCGGAUAUGGUAGCGAAGGAAAUGGCGAAGAAGAAGCAAAAGAUGGAUCGCGAGCGGGAUUCAAAGAAGGGCAAGGAAUUUAAGUUUUAA